AUGUUUUUUGAAAAAAUAGCUUCUUCCUUAGAGUGCCCAUUUUAAUGUAAAAAAUGCUAGUACUCAGGAAAUUUGGAUAACAAAAUGUUAAUAUGCUUAGAAUGCAACUAAAAUUAUAAGUUGAGCAAAGAUUAAACUUAUUGUUACAGCAAUUGCGAGGAUGAUAGAUAUUAUUUAGAUUUGCUUGAUUACAUUUUUUUAAACGAUUUUACUAUCCCUUAACUUCCAUAGAUAAAAACUUAUGAUUGUGUACCAUCCUGUGAUUUUAAAUCUUAUUACACCGACCAAAAAACAAAGAGUUGCAUUAUGAUGAACAUCUGCCCAAAUGUUAAUCAAUAUGGUUUCAAUUUUUAAGGUGACUUAGAAGCUUACAGUAUUAAAUUUUCGAAAAAGUAGAACUUAUUAGCAGCAUACUUCGAAAGCAAUAACUAUUUUAAGCUUUGGAAGUUAGAUAACGGGGAAUACAUAGGAGAAAUAUAGAUAAGCAUUGAUCCUUCAGAUUCCACUGCCUCUUAGAAUGGUAAAUUAACUAAAUUUUUCUUUGGAGAUAAGCUUUUGCUUGAGGGAUCAAUCAAAGAUAAAGACAUUUUAAUUGGAAUUUCACAAAAAAAUAUUUAUUUUUGGGAUACUAGAGUUGGUAGCUUAAUUUAAUAAUAUAAUAGCUUUGAUGCUAAUGUAUUUACUCACUACUUUUACUAAGAUAAGCAAUAUAUCUUCUUAUUAAAUCCUUCAACUUUUGAAAUAUUUUUAUAGAAAUUAAAUAAUUAGUAGACCUCAUUUUUAGGAUUUGCAGUAUCUUCUUCAGCUGUUUAGUAAAUUUAUAAUUAAUAUUCGAAUGAGCUUGCAUGCUUUGGUUAUAGUGAUUAAACUAAUAAAUUACAAUUAUAAGUCUUUUUUUUAGAUUAGAGUUUUUUUAUUGGAGUUGUGAAUAAGUAAAUAGAUAUAGGAAUAAUUGAAUUCAUAAGCUAACUAAUUGUUGUGGACUAAAAUCUAUAUUUAAUUUUAUCUAACCAUAUUCCCUAUUUGGUUAAUUCAUUGAACAAUUCAAUCUAGUUAAUAGAAAUACCCUUAUUCUCAAAAGUAAUAAAUGUUUAAUUUCCAUUUGAACAAGCAAUAAAUAAUGUAAAGUUAGAUAUAAUAAAAUUGAAGAGAGAUAAUUAAAUAAAUUUAAAUCUGGCAUUAGUACAAUAAAAGUCAGAUUCACUGUAAACCAGCUUAACUUUGAAUUUAUUUUAGAAUAACACUUUUUUAAGAGUUAUAGAAAUAAUUCCUGAAAUUAAUAUUUAUAGUGUUAGAGUGCUCAAUAGCCAUAUCGAAGAUUAAAACAUUGUGAGGCUAUUUUGUAUAAACGAUUUCCAAACGAAAAUCAUAAUUUAUGAAAUUGAUUUGAUUGGGAGAUCUCUUCUAAAUACAUAUCCAAUCAAUCAAUAAUUUCCAAUAAUAAACUCAACAUUAUUUUUCACAGGCUCUUGGGAGGAAAAAGAACUAGUGUUUUAUAAUUCUUAGUUGUUAAUUUUUUUAUAGAUUAAAAGUAUUUCUUAAUUGGAGCUUUCACUUAAUAUUAAAUUUGAAAUAAGAAACUACAAUUAGGUUCACUUAAUCAACUAUGAAUAGUUAAAAAUUCAUAAAAUAAAUAAAAUGUAUGAAGAUACUAGUAACAAUUAAUUUGUCUAUUUGAACAACAUUCUCAAAGAGAUCAGAAUAGUAGACCUCAAAAAACAAGAAAUUGUUGGUAAAAUAAUUUUUUAAGAAAGUAGCAACUGUUUUCCGAUUGAUUUCGUGAUUAGCUAAAUCUAAAAUCUCCAAUUUAUUAAUAUCUUGUGUGAUAAUUAACAAAUUUAUAUUUAUGAUUAUAUAUCAUUUUAACUUGUAAGUAACUAUACUUUUUACAAUGCUGAUGAAAAUGGUUUGUUAGAUUUUGCUUUUCUAUAAAAUUUUAUAGAUAAUGGAGCUUUGAUUGUCUUUUCAAGCAGGAUAAUUAUAAGGUUGAAUAUUUCAAACAAUGGAAAAAUCAUAAACUAAAUAGUGAAUGAAAAUUUCAAUUAAAUUAUUAUUAAAGAUAUUAUUUAUUUUGCUGAUAAUUAGAAUUAUCCUAAAAUUUUGUAUGUAUUAACUUUUUAAGAACUUUCAAUACUUCAAAUAAACUCUGACACUCUCGAAUUAUAUGCUAAUAGAACAUAAUACAAGCACACAUAAAAAACCACUAUUAUGAGCUACAAUAUUGAUUAUCAAAAAUAGUAAAUAGGAAUUAGUUGUUUUACAAACGAAAUAAUUAUUUUCAAUACUGAUCUAGUUAAAGUUUUUGUCUUGAAUUUAGCAGAUAAAAAUAUAAGGUGCUUUAAUCCUAGAUAAAUUGAUGAAAUUUCUAUCAUUUGCAAUAUUUAAAUAACAAAUGUUAACUAGUCAAAUAAAUAGAAUAAUUUCAUCGGUUUAAUUAAAAAUAACGCAUAAAUUAAUUUAUUUGGAUCAUAUUUUGAAGAUAGUAAAUAUUUUUUUGACGAUAAAAGUAAAUAGCUUUUGUAUUAUACCAAUUUAGACAAUGUAAAUUUGCUUUCUAUAAAAAUUUAUGCAAACUAAAAUAUUUAUUAAUACUCUAACACAUACAUUCUAACCCAAGAUAUUUAUCAACACUAUUACAGUUAAGGAUCCGACAGAAUGUUUUUUGCUCAGAAUAGAGGAUUUGAUGUGGAAGCAUUGCACUUUGAUUAAUAAUUUGAGUAUGUAAUAAAAUAAAUAGAGGUUAAUGAUAAUAAAACAAUUUAAAAUGUUAUUAUUUUAAAUGAAAGAAAUUAAUUAAUAGAAGUAAAAAGCAAUGGUUUUAUCAUAUACACAUUGAGUACAAACGAAAUAAUUUAUAAUUCUUAAGAUGAAUUAGAAUAGUGCCAAAACUUACUAACAAAUACUUUAAGCUAUUGGGUAGAUGAUGAUUUCCUUCUUUUUAUAUGCGAUUUUUAGUUAUAUUAACUUAGGCUAAUAAGUGUGAAAUAAUACAAAAUAUAUUAACUUAAAAGUAAUUUAGAAGGUAUAGCGAGCUACUUAUAUAUAUAAAAAGAAUAAAAGAUGAUAAUUUAAUCAUAGGAUCAAUCUCUCUACCUCUACAUUUUUUAUUUAGAAGAAGCACCCAUUGAUUAAUACACUUUCGAAGAAUAUUUUUAGUAUACUAUUUAAGAGACCAAUAUUAUAAGCUUUAUGUAUGAACCAAAUCUCUAAACUAUCUUUUGUGUAGUUUAAAGUAAAAUAAGCUAUUACAUUUACAGAUUUAUGCUUUUACAAGAAACUCCUAUAAAUUAAAACAGUUUAAUUGGAGAUGUUCAGAAAUUAGAUUAAUAAUCAAAUCUUUUUAUCUUAAAUAGCGAAACAAAAUUUUUAAUAAUAAUUAUGAAUAAAAUAAUUUAUGUAAUUAACCUUGACAAUCAAAAUGAAUUUAACUAUUAACAAAUUAUGAUGUAAGGUGUAGAGUAAUACCAAAUUUUAUCUUAAGUUCUUAUAUUAAGAAACUCGAAAAAGAUAUUAAUUUUUACAAUAGCUGAUAUUAUCCAAUCUUUUUUGAAUUAUCAGUCUAAUAUAAUCAGCCCUCAAGUAACGAUCAAAAAUAAUUUAAUUUAAACAUUCUUAACUAUUCCUGACUUUUAGGAUAUCAGCAAAUGGUUGAUAGUAGUUGCUGUUAAAUUAAAUUAACAAACUUAAAUUUAUAUUUAUGAUUAAACAGGAUAAAUUAUUUAAUCAAUACCGCUCUAAACAAGUAAUGAUUUUGCAUCUUAACUUUAAUAUGAUGUCAAGUCUAAGAUAUUAUAUAUUUGUACCCAAAAGGGUUUUAUAUUAGGAAUCGAGGCAACCUUUGGCUUUCUAUAAUCGUAUCAGAUUAGCACAAAGUAUUCUUUACAGCUUUAAUAUCAAGAUUAGUCUGUAAAAACCUAACUAUACUUUUUCGUUGAAUCAAACUAGUUUAUAAUAUGGAAUAAAUAUUACAUUGGAUUGGUUUCUAUUACUAAUUUUAUAGAAAUUCCGAUGAACAUUGUUGGAAGAAUAAAAACGUCAGUAUAUUUAUCAAACUAAACCAAUUAUAUUUACCUUUUUGAUGAAGCAAAUAUACUUUGGAAGCUUUCUUUUAUUUCAGAUAAUUUGAAAUAUGUUUAUUCUUUUGGUUAUUUAUAGGAAUAAGCAAAUAUAAUAUAUGUUGAUAUUAGUUAAACGAUGAUAAUAUAAUAAGGAGGAAACAUAUUUGUUGUAAAAGAAGGAUCAAUUGCAUAUAAAUAUGAAAUAUUAGCUCAAAAAGUUUAUAAAAACGUGUUAAUUUUAGCUAAUAAUAAUUAAUAAUAAUAAUAAUUUUAAGGAUUGCUUAUAUUCACUUUAGACAGAAAGAUUUUUUUUUUGAAUUCAUCUUUUUAAGCUGAAGAAAUCUACUAAUUUAAGUAAGACUAGAACAAAAUUUAAUGUGUUCUACCAAACUAUGUAGUUGCUUCUGACUAUUAGAGCACAAUUAUUAUUUUUGAUAAAAAAAGUUUAAAAAUAAUUUCUGAAAUUCAGAUUGAAGAAUAAAGUUAAUUAAUAGAAAUUUACUGCUAAUCAAUUUAAGAUAUUUUCUUUACUGUCAAUUCUUAAUAUAGUAUGCAAGUAUUUUAUGUUUCUCAACAGUCUUAUAAUGUCAUCUUGACUUACGUAUUUCCUUAUCCUUUUCCUUUUGCAAAAGGAAAACUAUAGUUAUACUUUGAGAACGAUCAGAGUAGAGUAUUUUUCAUACAAACAAAUAAAAGAUAAAUCUUUUGUUAUGACUAUAAAUUAAAAGUAAGUAUAAAUAGCCUGUUGAUUCCUCCAUGCCCAAAUUUUAAUUUUAAGAUUACUAAAUCUUUUAUAUUUUUGACAUGUUUAUACUAAUUUAAUCUUCACUUUAAAUAUGACAUGAAAUACUUGAUGUCAAUUUAUACCAAUGAAAGUAUCGGUGAAACAAUAUAGUCAGUUAUUGAAAUAUCUCCUUAAUUUAUAAUAUUUAACUCUAAUUAUUAAAUAAGCGUUUAUACAUUUAUUUAUGGAAAAGAUCAGACAAUUUAGGUUGGGCUCCUUUAAAGUUUCUAGACACAUGAUGAAGAGAUUUUAUAUUAUAAUUUAAUGUCAAAAAAUUUUUAAAUAUAGCUAAUAAGUCGUGAUGAUACUUAAAUAUAUUCUAGGCGUUUCAGCUCAAAAGUUUAGAAUGAUCACUAUCGCUGUUAUUAAGAUAUUGUUUUAGACGACUAAUAUCAAUUAAAAUAUCAAAUGGAUAAUAUAGAAGCAUCUCUAUCUCUUAUCAAGCCAAUACCUAAAUUUGUUUAUAUAAAUUGCUUUUUUAAUUACUAAUUUUUCUUCUCUAAUCUAGGUUUAUAGGAUUUUCUUCUAGGAAUUAGAUUACAUUAAAAGGAAAUAACCAUUCAAGAUGAACUAGGAUCCAUACAAAAUGGGUUUGACCCAACACUAAUUGAAAACUUCAAUUUUAAGAGCCUAUAACUAUUUGAACUUCAGAAUAUUGAGAAUUUAAAGCAACUAAGCUUGAUAAAUAUUUAUCUUAAUUUAACUAGAAUCGAUUAAGCCUUACAACUACCAUUAAAACCAAGCUAUUCCUAUACUCCAAAUUAAUUCUAAAAGUAGAAUUAGCUUAUUUUUUAAUAAGAAUAUAUAACCAGCUUCAUAAAUUAAAGCUUAGAAUCUAUUGUUUUAUAAAAUAUUCUUUUAAGAAAUCAAACCUUAUUAAAAACAAUUUAUUAAAUUAAAGGUUCAUAAAAAGCUAUCAUUAAAAGUUUAGUCUUGAAUAAUAUUAAUUUAAAAAGCUCAAUAUUAUUCUACAUCUUAAACGUUGAAACAGUUAUAAUAGAAAAUCUAGUUAUAAAAGAGUGCAUUUUGGAUGAUUCUUAUUUAUUUUUUGUUGAGAACUCUGUAAAUUUGUAAAUUAAAAAUGCUAAAAUAUUUUAAAACGAAAUUGGGUAUUCCUCUUCUUUAUUUUAUCUUGCUAAUACAUAGCAAAAUAUUAAAAUAGUGAAUUUGACUUUAUACGAUAAUAAAAAUUCACAAAAAGAAAAUGACCUUUUAAACAGUGGAAGAUUUAAACUUCCAUGUCUAAUAAUAAUUUAAAAGGUUUCUGAUUGUUAGAUAUAAUCUUUGAAUUUCACAAAUAAUAGAUAAGUCUAGUUAUUAUUCUACUCAAAUCAAUAUCAAACUGAAUAAUAACAAAUAGAACUUAAAUAGGAUUAAAUUAUUUUAUAAAACUUAACUUUAUUUAAUAAUAUUUUUGAAAUUGAAGAUUAAAGUAAUUUAAUAGAUAUUAACUCUUUGGUUUUUUUAAAAUCUAUUCAACCUUAUAUAAUGUCUUUAGAUGUUUAGUCUAAUAUAUCUCCUUUUGGUAAAGGUAUUAUCAAUAUUGCUGAGGCACUAACAUCAUAUAUUUUUGAUACUAAUUUUUAUAACAACACAUCUUUAGAAGGAGGAUGCUUGUACAUAUAAGAUUCAUCAGAUGUAUAAAUAUCUCAUUCUAAUUUCACUUUUAAUAGGGCUUUAGCAUGUGGAGGAGCUCUAUAUUUGAAGGAUUCUAUUGUUACUCUUAAUAUUAAAGUAUUAUUUAAAUCUAAUUAGGCGCUAAUAGGAGGAGCUAUUAGAUUAACGGCAGCUUCUAAUAUAUAAAAUGACUAAUAAAAUACAUUAUUUUUAGAUAAUAAAGCAGAAAUAGCUGGUAAUACAAUAGCUAAUUUUUAAAAGUUUAAGCUAAAACUUAAGGAUAAUUUUUUUGAUUAUUAAUAAGAAGAGAGAGGAGUUGAUUAUGACUAUUAAAUUUAGAAUGAAUAAAUACAUGUAAUAUAAUUUCUAAGACCUGGAGCUCUUUUAUCUUUUUUAUUAGUCUUAUAAGAUGAAGAAUAGAAUUUGUUUUAACUAAAUAGCUAAAUUUCUUAAUACCCCUAAAUUAUACAAGAAGAAUUAUAAAAACUCACAAUUCAAAUUUAAACAAAAAAGGAUGAGAAAAUUUUAGAUGUGAAUUCCAAUUUUAUGAAAAAUUUACUUUCUUAUUCGUCUAUUCAAAAUGGUUUCUUCCUAGAAAAUAUUUAAUUUAACAUGAAACAGCUUCUCAGUUAAGAUUAAAUGAAUUAUUAUUAAUAAAAUAUGCCAAAAGAUGAUCAAAUUAAUUUUUAAAUAAAUAUUUAUGAUCUGUCUUUAGAAUAAUAAGAACCUAUUAGCGAAAUUUAAUUUGCAAUAUACUUCCGUUUUUGUUAAAAAGGAGAGAUUCUCAGCUAAAAUCAGUUAAAACAUUAUCAAUGCAUUCCAUGUGAAUAAGGUUCCUAUUCACUACAAAAUCCUCAAAUUCGCACUGGAACAGCGGAAAACGGACAGUAAAAAGAUGCUAAAUGCCUCCCUUGUCCUUUAUAGGCUUUGAGUUGCUUUAGGAAUUAGAUUUAUUUAAAAAAUGGUUUUUGGAGAUAGGAUAUAAAUGAUGAUGCCAUAUAUUAAUGUAAAAAUAAUAAUUGCUUAGCCUAAAAUUUUAACUAAACAAAAAUUUGCAAUGAAGGCUAUACUGGUCCUUUGUGUGAGUCUUGCGAAGGAGAAAAAAAUCUUCAAAAUAACUGGUAACAUUUUCUACUUUUUAACUUAAAGAUAUUGAUAAAUAUUUUAAUAAUAUAAAAAGGUAUGUUAAAUUGGGGAUGUAUAAAUGUUAGGAAUGUGAUAGAGAAAAAUAAUUAGAAUUCAAAAUAAAUCUAGGGAUUACAUUUUUUUUAACAUUGA